AUGGAUCUACCUAUUGUGCUCCUGUUGGUUGUGCUGCAACUGACACAUGUCUGGUCUCGCCUCAACAAUAUAAACACUGUUGAUGACUACAUGAACAUUUGUUUGGACGGCAGAAAUCAGAAGUCAGCGCCAGGGCCAGAGCCGGACUUGAUGAAGAAGUAUUGUUCCCCAUGGGCAAGCCGAUCGUGUUGUACGCCCGCAACAGCUGAAGGACUGAGUGUUAGCCCAAGGUGGUUGAAUUUUGAGUGGGAUCACUGCCAGACGCUGACGCCCCAGUGCCGAGAAUAUUUCCGCAUGGACUUGUGUUUCUACGAGUGCUCCCCAAAUGUGGGGCCCUGGCUUGUACAAGAUACCAGGAAAAUCCGCAAAGAAAAGUUCACCAAUGUGCCGCUGUGUCAGAGUGUCUGUAACAAUUGGUGGCAUGCCUGCAAGGAUGAUUUCACCUGCCUGGACAACUGGGCAGUAGGUUUUAACUGGUCCACAGGAAUCAACACAUGCCCACAAGGCACCACCUGCCGGCCGUUUCACACAGUCUACCCUGACGCCAGCACCUUUUGUGAGACUGUCAUGGGACACUCAUUCCAAGUUGUGCCGGACACAACUGACUGCUUUGUACUGUGGUUUGACCCAAGUAAACCUAACCCCAAUGAAGUCAUAGCAAGGAAAGAAAGCUUCUUCAAUCCUGGGUGUGCCAUAUCAGCCUGGAAACGGCUCUGUGCAUUUGCUGUCUUCCUCUUGUUUCUACCUUUUCUCUAUUGUUUUACUAUCAUUGUCUAG